AUGUUCCUUCUAUUUAUCAUAUCCUUUUGUGUAGAAAGUACAAUAGGUGAAUUGAUCACUGAUUUUAAUUCUAUUCAACACCAACCAAGAAAAUUUAAUAGAAAACUAUUUGUUGUUGUAGAAAAUGAUAGAGAAAUAAAAAUUGCUAAUGAACACAAUGACAGAAUUGACCAAAUAAUAAUAAAAGGAUUUAGUAUAGAUUCAAUUCAAACAGGAAUUCCAAAAGUUCAAGGAGUAUGGAACUAUUCAAUAAAUUCAAAAGAACGAUUUGCUCAUAUCAAAUUUGAUAAUUUUGUAAAUAUUAUAAAUCUAUCAUUUGAAAUUGCAAAUUCAAUUGUAGAGUUUGUAAAAAAAUAUAAUUUAGAUGGUAUUUGUCUUGAAGGUCUUGAAAAUGUGUUUUAUAUUACAGGAAGGUCAUCACGUGAUGUACGUUUAAUACUUAGAAGAAUUGGAAUAGAAUUACAUAAUAUUAACAAGAAAGUGUAUGUCAUUAUUCCUCCAAGAAGUGUUGCUAUUAGUGGUACAACAAUCAAUUCUUUACAAAACUAUAUUGAUGAGUUCAUUAUAGAUACAACAGAUUAUUACAGUAAAAGUCUUCAUUCAUCUCAUUGUUCAUCUCCAUUGAUGUAUGUUGAAAAUCUUAUCAAAGAUUGUACUUCAAAAAAUAAAGAACUUAAAAGUAUGACAUCUAUUUCUAUUGACCUAUCUGGAUAUAAGUUCUGUCCAAACUAUCCUCGUUCUUCAAUUAAUAUUACAUCCUUUCAAACUAUUCUUCAUAAUCUUACUAAUUCAACUUGGAUAGAAGAAUGUCAAGAACAUAGUUUUAAAGAUCCAAAUAAUUGUGAAAUUAUGUUUCCAACUAUUGAGUAUAUUGAAAAACGAAUUAACUUAGCAAGUCAAGAAGGUUUAGAUAUUACUUUAUAUCAUAUAGAAUCAGCUCAUCCUAAUAUCUUUGACCUUUUUUAA